AUGAUGCAACAACGAAGAGAUGAGAUAUUAGCGAAGAAAGCUAAGCUUGCGGAGCUCAAGAGGCAGAGGGAGUUGCGGACAUCAAGUGCGACACAUAAUAGAGCGAGCAUUGGGAACGCUAGUGAGAUUCUGUCGCCGCCGCCGCCGAAGCAGGAUAUCGAUGAAUAUGUCAACAAAGUACUGAGCGAUCAUAGACGGCCAGGGUCAAUCGGUCCCCGUGGAUCAGGCUCGCCAGUUGGAAAGGGAAGCCGACCACACAGCGUCCUCAGUGCUGGCCAGCUUAGCAACGAGAAUUCCGAAUCUGGAGAUACAUCAAGUAAUCUCCCACAAACUACUUCUAUAUCAACACAAACCUUGUCUACAGUCCCUUUAUCCACAGUUUACGAAUUUGCGCCGUCGCCCGUCAAGGAGGUCUUCUCGUACAGCAAAGGCGUGCAAACGAACGACGAAUGGUUGCCGACAGCCAAACCUAAAACAUAUGAUGAUUCCGAUGACUCGGAUUCUGGUACGCCGGUCACGUCGACACCUAAUAAGCGAUUGAGCAGGAGAGAGCGGACGAGAGAGGAGGAACUUCGUGAAAAUAUCAGGAAGGAAAUUGAGGAGGAACUACGGCUUUCGCGAGAUGUCAAUAUUGACGGUCCUCUAAAAUCACCUUCACAAAAACAAGCCAACUUUCCAGCGCGGGCUCUAACCAACGAGGAGCUCAAUGCUGUUACAUCCUCAGAUGACUUUAUGGACUUUGUCGAACGCUCUAGCAAAGUUAUUGAAAGGGCUCUAGACCAGGAAUACGACAUCUUAGCCGACUACGCACUCAGCGGAGGAGCCAUUGGGGAAGACGACGACGAAUAUACGGGCGGUAAAGGUCGCCGGAAAGUAAAGGAGGUGGCACAAUUUUAUGAUGAGAGAUGGUCGAAAAAGCGGAUGAUCAGCGCAAUCGACUUCUCCCCAAAAUUCCCGGAGCUUGUUUUAGCCGCGUAUACCAAAAAUCCAUCUGCUCCUCAUGAUCCUGACGGGCUUGUGCAAGUAUGGAACACCCACUUACACGACAGGCCAGAGUUUGUUUUCCACGCGCAAUCCGAUGUGUUAGCAGCAAAGUUCUCUCCGUUUCAUCCUAACCUCAUCAUAGGAGGAGCCUACAGUGGGCAAGUCCUUCUAUGGGACACAAGGGCGAAAUCUGCGCCUGUCCAGAAGACACCCCUGACAGGCUCGGGCCAUACACAUCCAGUAUACUCGGUGGAUAUAGUUGGAACACAGAAUGCAAACAACAUCAUCUCGUGUUCCACCGAUGGUGUUGUGUGUGGCUGGACGGUUGAUAUGCUUGCGCAACCUCAAGAAUUAUUAGCUCUUACUACCCCGCCACCAGCCAAAAUUGAAGAUAUAAGUCCAACAUGCAUGGCCUUUCCACAAACGGAUCCUACCUAUUUCCUUGUCGGCUCGGAAGAAGGCACUAUAUAUCCAUGCCAUCGUUACGAUCGAGCGGGCGCUAAGGCUGGUGUUGACCAGAGAGUCAGCUACCGAGGUCAUGCGGCACCUGUUAUGUCUAUGGACUUUCACCCCGCUCGUGGACCAGUUGAUCUGGGAGACCUGGUCCUCACCAGCUCACUUGACUGGAGCGUCAAAUUGUGGAAAGUGCGCGCUCCGGCUGCGACAUCGACCACAGGCACUACCGGUGAAGGGCACUCGGUUGCGCCAAUUCUGGAUUUCAUGCGAGAAGAUGUCGUGUACGAUGCAGCUUGGUCGCCUAUUAAACCUGGAGUUUUUGCUCUUGUAGAUGGAGCAGGUAGUCUUGAGGUUUGGGACAUUACAGUAGAUACCGAAGUACCUCUGACCAAGGUCCAGCCCAGUGGAAGAAAGGGAGGUCGAAGUAUGCUCUCCAAAAGUCUAAAUCGCGUAGCCUGGGACCAAACGGAAGGCAAGAGGAUUGCUACAGGCGGUAUAGAUGGCGCUGUAACAGUAUUCGAAGUAGGACCUGAUCUCGGCGGCAAAGAAAGCGCUCGCAACGAGGAGUGGACAAAUGUAAAGAAGCUAUUGGCCAGGUUGGAGUCUCAAGGACCCGUUGCAAAUGGAGUCAACGGACUGUAA